AUGAAGUUGACGAAGUUGUGCUUGAUUUUGGUGGUUCUGACGAGAGGUUCUUCCGGAUUGUUGGGUCCCCCUGAAAGGUCCUACAAGAUCCUCAUGCUCCUCCCCGUUGCUACCAAGAGCCACGGGAACGUCUUCUUUCCUCUCGCUGAGGCUCUGGCCGACCGUGGACACGAGAUAGUGAUGCUGACCAACUUUCCCAAAUCAUCCAAACACCCCAACAUAACCGAGAUAACCCACGACCUUCCAUACUUCAAGUUUGAGAACAUUAACAUGUUCGGAGCUGCAAGUAACGUUAUGAAUAUAUUUACAAAGUUGUCGUUCGUGGCCAGGGAAAUGUAUCACGUGCCGGCUGUGAAGGAGCUCUACCAGAGAAGGAAGGAAUUCGAUCUCAUGGUCGUAGAUGCUAUGUUCAACGAGGUGGCCUACCCAUUUGUGCACAACGUCCCAUUCAUCACUCUCUUCACAUCGGCGACAAACCAUCGCGUCAGCGCCGUCCUGGGCAACGUCCUCAACCCAGCCUACGUCCCCUUCAUGGAUAACUUUCACUUCCCUGCAUCGGUCUGGCAGCGGCUCCUCAACACAGUUCAUCACAUAUCAUAUCCUUUUUUUUGGCGGAUCUGGUCCAUAGUGCCGACAGUGCAGAAAGAAAUCUCUGCGCAGUUCCCGGAGUUGCCACCGCUGUUGGACCUGGAGAGGAACAUGAGUCUGACGUUGAUCAACGGCCACUUUAGUACUGGUAUACCACUGCCCCUCCUGCCCUCACAGGUGGAGGUGGGUGGCAUGCACUGUCGACCCGCCAGCCCUCUGCCUCAGGAUCUGGAAUCGUGGAUCAUAGGAGCGGGGUCUGCUGGCGUUGUCUACUUUAGCUUGGGCUCGGUUGCGCGUGGAACCUCCGUGCCAGUCAAGUAUCGCGACUUCUUAAUCGAGGCUUUCCGCAGGCUGCCCCAGCGUGUCCUCUGGAAACAUGAGGAGGAGCUGGAGAACCUCCCUGACAACGUGAUGAUCAACAAGUGGCUUCCCCAGCAGGAUAUUCUUGCCCACCACAACGUGAAGGUGUUCAUCUCGCACUGUGGCUUCCUCAGCCUGCAGGAGGCCAUCUACCACGCCACGCCCCUCCUCGCCCUACCCAUUUACUCCGACCAGCCCAGGAAUGCCAAGUUAAUGAGGGACGCUGGUCUGGGUCUCAUGCUGGUGUGGGAGGAGCUCACUGUGGACUUGAUCGUCGACGCUCUCACCGAUAUCAUCAACGACCCCAAGUAUAAGGAAAACGUGAUCAGGAAGUCAGUGAGGAUGAGAGACCAGCUGACGUCGCCCAGGGAACGGGCAGUGUUCUGGACGGAGUACGUCAUCCGCCACCGUGGGGCCCCCCAGCUGAGGUCCCCGGCGGCACAGCUCUCCUGGGUGGAGUUCCUCAUGCUCGACGUCCUGCUCCUCCUCCUUCUGGCUCUCUCCCUUCUCCUUUUCAUCCUACAUCGCAUCUUUAGAAUUGUCACUGCUAUACUUUUUAGUGGUGAUGGCAGAAAGAAAAAGUCAGAUUAA